AUGACGUGAAUAUGUGAAAUGUCAUACAAGAGGUUCACAGCGGUAUUGGGUUCUCACUUCCAAGAUUUGUCCUAGCAGCCCGACUAGUGCCUCGUCAAUAGCCUAAAGUAGCUUCAAGGAUCGAUCGCCGUCAUUAUGAGCGAUAGUGCCCCAAGCCGAUCGAGUCGCCCCCGAGGUCAGAAUGACCCCGGAUGGAACGACCCUCCCAAAUUGGAAUUCAGUACAGUACAGGCAGGAAACAAGACAAGACUCAAUCUCAACAAGCGCGUGGCAUUCCCCCUUCAAGGCAAUUCGUCGGCAACUUCGAAGCCCACAGCCAUUGUCCAUCCUUCGCAUCCACCUAUGUGUACUCCGCCGGUGGCGAUUGUGCCGCCAAUGGCCCGAUCCACCGCUCCCGCCCAGCCCGGUGCCGACUCGAUCUCAAAUGAAUCUCGUCUUGGUAGUGCUGCCGGCGACGAUACCAACCUAACCGAUGCGGAGAGGCAACUGUGUCUCGACACUUUCAACAGUUUCGUCCCCCGAGUCCAGCCAGGGAUCAAUCUGAGGCCGGAUGAGGUCCAGUGGCGAAUUAACCUCAUGAAUCAGAUGUGGCUCAACGGCACACUCGGGCCGAGCGUGCAACGGAAAAUACAGAGUAUAGCGAAAGCCUUGGCCGAUAACAAUUUCGACGAAGCAAUAGAAAAGCACAGAGUCCUGAUCGUGGAGCAUUCGAACCUUUGCAUGGCGUGGGGGGCUGCCCUCCGACAGAUUAUUUUAACCAUUCAGCCCAAGAGUGACAACGAUGUUCCGGAGGCCUCGCAGGGGGAGCAGCACAGUACGGCGUCCGGCGAUGGUCACCACCCCUCGGGAAGUUCGCAGCCGGAGAACAACGCCGGUGAGCAUUCUCCGAGCAGAGUGCAGCACCUGUAAUGAGUUGCGAGAUGUCCGCGUUUCAUCACUUCCGACCGGAAGGCCACCGUUCCCAAGUUUAUCCGUCGUCAUUCUAAAAGCAUGAAAGGAGCACGAGGCGGGCGAAAUGUCCUGGAUUGAGAUCGCCUCCGCCGCCGCACGACGUCUGCUUGCUUGCAACCAUUUCCAAAAUUUCUAAAGAACAUUUGAAAUUUGUGAAUAUUUUUUGUAAAUAAUUCUGUUUCGUUUUUAAUUCAGGAGAAGAAAUUCGGUUUGUUGAAAAGGGAAGCAUUUAAGUUGUAAUAAUAGAAAGUGAAAAUACGACUUUGUUGAGCAA